AUGGCCGUCAUCACAACAUACCUGCCCAUUGUGGUAGGCAUUGCCCUCCUGAUCCGUCUGCUUAUGGUUGGACGGAGACCAAAGAAUUAUCCUCCUGGUCCCCCGACCAUUCCUAUCCUCGGCAACCUUCACUUGAUGCCAACGAAAGAUGUUCACCUUCAGUUUGAAAAAUGGGCUCGUGAAUAUGGCCCCGUCUACAGCCUCAUUCUCGGAACCAAGGUCAUGGUCGUUCUCUCCAGUGACAGGGCCGUCAAGGACCUUCUCGACAAGAAGAGCCACAUGUACUCGCACAGACAAGAGAUGUACGUCGGCCAGACUCUCUGCUCCGGCGACAUGCGCAUUCUGAUGCUGGGCUACACCGCCAAGUGGCGUAUGUCCCGCAAGCUCGUCCACGCUCUCCUCAACGUCUCUUCGGCCAAGUCCUACGUCCCCUACCAAAUGCUCGAGAACAAGCAAAUGCUUUACGAGAUGAUCACCAAGCCCGACGAGUUUCUCUACAAUAUCCGCCGCUACUCCAACGCCCUGACCACCACCAUGGUCUACGGGUGGCGCACGCCCACCUACAACGACGAGAAGAUGCGGCAGCUCUUCGACGGCUUCUCCGAGUUCGCCGAGAUCAACCAGACCGGUGUGGCCGCGCUCAUCGACUUCUUCCCCAUCCUGCGUUGCCUUCCGGACUUUCUCCUCCCCGCCCGCAAGAAGGCCAAGGAGCUGCACAAGAAGGAACUCGGUCUCUACAAGGGCCACUGGCUCAAGGCCAAGGAGGACACGCUCAAGGGCACCAUCACGCACUGCUUCUGCGAGGACGCCGUGCCCGUGCAAAAGAAGGAAGGAUUCAGCGACGACGAAGCCGCCUACAUCGCCGGCACCCUUCUCGAAGCCGGCUCCGACACCACCUCGUCCACUCUCUACGGAUUCGUCCAAGCCAUGCUUCUGUAUCCUGAAGUCCAGCGCAAAGCCCAAGAAGAGAUCGACCGCGUCGUCGGCCCCGACCGCCUCCCCACCAUGGACGACGAGCCCAACCUGCAGUACAGCCGCGCCAUCGUCAAGGAGUCCCUCCGCUGGAUGCCCACCACCAUCAUGGGCGCCGUCCCGCACGCCGUCACCCAGGACGACUACUACAACGGCUACCUGAUCCCCGCCCAUGCUGCCGUCGUCAACAACGCCUGGGCCAUCAACCACGACCCCGUCCGCGCGCCUGAGCCCCGGAGGUUCAAGCCCGAGCGGCACAUGGACGACAAGCUUUCCCUCGCUGACUCGGCCGCCAACCCGGAUCCUGCCAAGCGCGACCAGUUCACUUUUGGUGCCGGCCGUCGUAUUUGCCCUGGCAUUCACGUUGCCGAGCGCUCGCUUUUUCUUGGCGUUGCGCGCAUGCUGUGGGGAUUCAAUAUCGCGCCCAAGCUUGGGGUGGAUGGAAAGGAGAUCAUUCCUGACCAGGAGAAGCUUACGCAGGGGUUUGUCUGCAUGCCUGAGGAGUAUCCCGCGACGAUCACGCCUAGGGAUGAGAGGAGGAAAGGGAUCAUGGAGGAGGAGUGGUUCGCGGCGGAGAGGGAGUGUCUGGAUCCGGAGACGAAGCAGUGGAAGCAGGGCAUGAAUUGGGUGCCGAAGUUGAGUUCUACUAAGGUUUGA